CCUGUCAAUCUCAGCCCCGGGGACAGCGCGGUUUCGGAUGUGCUGCCGCUGCCGCUCGAUGGGACGCAACGCUCAUCCUUCCGCCGCCUGCUCUCUACCCCGGCUUACUAAUUUCCUCUGCUCGGAAGGCGGCGGAAUGCGACUGUCCUGAGAACCGGGAGGGAAUUUAUCUUCAACAGACCGGUCCGUUUUUUUUGCGGUGCUGGUGGCUGCGGUGAGCUUGCGUGAGGAUCGCAGCCGGGAAACCCGUGCUUAGGCCCCGGCCUGGGGAAGCCGACCCCGCGUCCUCGGUAUUAUCUGGAGAGCGGUGGACCCCGCGCACCUACCGCAUGUAGGACACGUCUGGUUUACUGGGAAUUAAAAAGAAGACGUGUAGACACGCAGAGAGGUAAACGAGAAGAUGGAGGGACAACAGAGGAGUGAGGCUUCGGGUUCUUCUAAGACUAAGGAGAAGUCCGGCAAGGUGAAGAAGAGCCUGGACGAAGGAGAAAAGAAAACGAAGUUUACAUUUAAGAAGCUGAUUCCUGAUGAGCUUGAACGGUUCACUAGUAUACGAAAGAAGGAUAAAGAAAAGCCUAAUGUUCACACAAGACACUCAUCAGCCUCAAUUUAUGAAACUCAGUCCUCUGUUCUGACGGGAGUCACUGACGAUGAGGUCCUCAAACUGUUUGAGCAGAUGUUGAUUGACAUGAAUUUGAAUGAAGAAAAGCAGCAGCCAUUGAGGAACAAACACAUAAUGAUAAAGAGAGAAAUGGUUUCACAGUAUCUUCACACUUCCAAAGCUGGUCAAAAUAAGAGGGAAAGUUCAAGAUCAGCAGUGAUGUACCUUCAGGAUUUGAAGUCAGGAAUACGAGACCAGCAGCUGCUCAGUUGUUUGGAGUCUUUACGGGUUUCUCUCAGUAAUAACCCAGUCAGUUGGGUGCAGAGCUUUGGUGUAGAGGGACUAGCAGCACUAUUGGAAAUACUAAAAGGACAGCAAGAUGAACAACUGGACACUUCAAGUUUGAACUAUAAAAUUCAACAUGAGAUUAUUCGGUGCCUAAAAGCCUUCAUGAACAACAAGCAUGGGAUAAAAAUGAUGUUGGAAUCGGAGGAUGGAGUUCUGUUGCUGGUGAAAGCUGUUGAUCCUGGUGCUCCAUCCAUGAUGAUUGAUGCCGUAAAGCUGCUGUCUGCUAUAUGCAUCUUGCAGGACCCUGACAACAUGCACGAGAAGGUAUUGGAGGCACUGACAGAGAGAGCAGAGCAGGAUGACAGUGAACGGUUCAAAGCUCUGCUGGUUGGAUUGAAGGCUGAACAAACUAUACCGCUGAAGGUGGCUUGCAUGCAGUUCGUUAAUGCCCUCAUAAUUCCGGCUGACGAACUUGACUUCAGAAUUCACCUACGGAGUGAGUUCAUGCGCCUGGGUCUCAAUCAGAUCUUACCGGAACUGAGGAAAAUUGAAAACGAGGAACUUUAUGUGCAGCUGAGUGUUUUUGAUGAACACGCGGAGGAAGAUUCCGAUGAUCUGAAGAACCGUCUGGAUGACAUUCGAACAGAAAUGGAAGAUGUGAGUGAAAUCUUCCAAAUGCUUCAGAACACCGUGAAAGACUCCAAAGCAGAGCAAUACUUCCUGUCAAUUCUUCAGCAUUUACUUCUGAUUCGCAACGAUUACCAAGCCAGGCCUCACUAUUACAAGCUUUUAGAUGAAUGUGUGUCUCAAGUAGUCCUGCAGAAAAAUGGAGCUGAUCCAGACUUCAAGUGUAGAAAAUUUACACUGGAUGUGGACCAUUUAAUAGACAACAUGGUUGACAAAACCAAAGUGCAGAUCAGCGAAACCAAAGCUGCAGAACUGGAGAAAAAGCUUGAUUCGGAGCUGACCACUCGACAUGAACUUCAAGUGGAGAUCAGGAAGAAGGAGAGUGAUUUUGAAUCAAAGCUUUCAGAACUUCAAACAAAACUGCAGAUUCUGGAAACUGAUAAAACCGAGGUGGACACUGAUAACAAGAAACUGCAGAGCGAAAUUAAUAAGCUGAAAGAUGAGAUCACGCAAUUAUCCAAGGAACUGGAAGAUGCCAAGACAGAGCUGGCCAAUAUUCCAAAACAACUGCCUGUUCCAGUUAUUGUUCCACCACCUGAACCUCCUUUGCCGGGACAAGAUUCGUCAUCUUUGUCAGAAGGCCAAAAGGAGAUGCCACCACCAGCUCCUCCAUUGCCUGGCCAAGUUGUACCUCCCCCAGCGCCUCCGCUACCGGGCCAAGUUGUAACUCCCCCAGCGCCUCCACUACCGGGCCAAGUUGUACCUCCCCCAGCGCCUCCGCUACCGGGCCAAGUUGUACCUCCCCCAGCGCCUCCACUACCGGGCCAAGUUGGACCUCCCACAGCGCCUCCGCUACCGGGCCAAGUUGUACCUCCCCCAGCGCCUCCGCUACCAGGCCAAGUUGUACCUCCCCCACCGCCUCCGCCACCAGGCCUAGGAGGACCUCCGCCACCGCCACCACCUCCAGGAUUCCCUGGAAUGCCUCCGCCACCACCUGGAUUAUUUGGCCUUUAUGGUGCUCCAGCUGCCCCAGUUUUACCCUUCGGCUUGGAACCUAAGAAGGAGUACAAGCCAGAGGUUCAACUCAAAAGGACAAACUGGCCAAAACUUGGGCCUAAUGAUUUAACGGAAAAGUGUUUCUGGGUCAAAGUGAAGGAGGACAAGUAUGAGAAUAAAGAACUGUUUGCAAAACUCACUGUUGCAUUCUCCGCCCAGACUAAGUGUAAGUUACUGAUAAUGUUUUGGUUAAUUUGAUUUUCCCUAACUGUG